AUGGCAGCUGUGGAAGUGGCAGAUAGACUUAAGAAUAAAGGUAAUGAGGCCUUUCAGGAGGGGAAGUGGCACCAUGCCAUUGAUUUGUACUCAGAGGCUCUAUCAAUUCACAAGACACCAGCACUUCUGUGCAACAGGGCUCUUGCGUACCUCAAAACGGAGCUUGCUGGUGCCGCUCUUGCCGACGCUGACGAGGCGCUGAUGCUAGAACCAGGGUACGUGAAGGCGUAUUACCGCAAGGCAUCGGCGCACCUUCAAAUUGGAAAACAUAAGGAGGCACUAAAGGACUUCAGAAAGGUGGUGCAGCUGGUACCUGGCGACAAGGAUGCGCAGAAGAAGCUAGAGUUCUGUGAGAAGGAGGUUCGUCGCAUACGUUUUGAGAACGCUAUCGACACACCUGAUGCGGAGCCGGUGUCACGCACGAUCAAGUUAGGCACUGUGCAGUCUGACUAUGAUGGCCCCCGUAUUGAGGGCGACACAAUCACAGUGGAGUUUGUGGAGGCCGCCAAGGAACGUUUUCGCGUCCAAAAACUUAUUGAUCGACACGACGUGGUAUUUAUUUUGCUGGGGGUGCUGAAGUUGUUUAAGAGCUACCCGAACUUUGUGUCGAUUGAGGUGCCGACAGGGGCCGACAUCACUGUUUGCGGGGACACACACGGACAGUACUAUGACCUACUCAAUAUAUUUAAAAUAAAUGGAUGCCCGUCCCCAACGAAUCGCUACCUCUUCAACGGUGAUUUUGUAGAUCGUGGCUCGUACUCGUUUGAAAACGUCAUGACUCUCUUCGCCUAUAAGUUGCUUUACCCAGAGCACAUGUUUCUUUCGCGCGGCAACCAUGAGGGCUUGGCGAUGAACCGCUUGUAUGGUUUUGAGGGCGAGGUAUCGCAAAAGUACAGCAAAGAGAUUUUUCACCUGUUCUCGGAGGUGUUUAACGCCCUCCCCAUUGGCCAUAUCAUAAACAAAGAGGUCUUCGUUGUACACGGCGGAAUAUACUCCCGUGAUGACGUGGUGCUCGACGACCUUCAAAAACCCAACCGUUUCCGUGAAAUUCCGGAGAACGGUCUCAUCUGCGAGAGUCUCUGGGCCGAUCCGCAGCCGAUGCCUGGCCGUGCCCCGAGCAAACGUGGCGUUGAUUGCCCGUCAUUUGGUCCUGAUAUUACGGAGAAGUUCCUGAAGAAUAACAACUUGAAGCUAGUCGUACGCUCACAUGAGGUGAGGGAGGAGGGGUACGAGAUUGAGCACAAUGGAACGUGCAUCACGGUUUUCAGUGCUCCAAACUACUGUGACCAGAUGGGCAACAAGGGGGCCUUCAUUCGUUUCACGGGCGGCGACAUGAAACCGAAAUUUACGACUUUCAACCAUGUGCCUCACCCAGGCAAACCACCAAUGCAUUAUGCCAUGGGAAUGGGGUUCUUCUAA